ACAUAUUUUUUAUUUUAUGGUAAAAAAUGACACUAAAAAAAGUGUGGAGGUAGUAUUUCAAAAAGGCACUCCGUAGUCGGUAGCUUGUGGCGCAAUUUCGCGCGCGAAAGACAACACGCCAAUUUUUCAUUUUGCAAGCUUCAACAAUGGGAGAGCUCUCAAAAUCGUCCGUUUUCUUCUCAGAUCAACAUCUCUGCUACGCCGAUAUUCUCCCUCCGAUGCAGGUCCGAGCUAGAAUCGAAGUUGCUGUCCUGAACUUCCUGAGAUCUCUAACUUCCAGCUCUCCUUCGAUCUCAGAUCUUCCUCUGAUCAGUAGAAAUUCGAGGAAUAGCAGAGUUAGUCGAGGCCUUUUGACUGACGAGUCGUCUAUUUUUCUCUCGCAUACAUUCUGUAAGCUUUCGUUAGUGAGGGAGAAUACUGCCAGAGCUUUUGUGAGAGUGUGGAAGGUCAUGGAAAUGUGCUACCAAGUUCUAAGUCAAGAUGGGAAAAGGGUUACCCAGAGAGAGCUAUUCUACAAGCUUCUUUGUGAUUCUCCCGAAUAUUUCAAAUCUCAGUUGCAGGUCAACAGCACUGUCCAAGAUUUGGUAGCGUUGCUUCAGUGUAGCCGCUUCAGUCUUGGAAUAAUGGCUUCCAGCAGAGGAGCUGUUGCUGGCCGUCUUUUGCUACAGGAGCCAAACAAAGAGUUUGUGGACUGCUCUACUUGUGGAUCUUCCGGUUAUGCCAUUUCUGGGGACCUGAGCCUGUUGGGAAGAUUAGUUUUGAAGUCAGAUGCUCGAUAUAUCAUUGUAGUGGAAAAACAUGCUAUAUUUCAGCGGCUCGCUGAGGAUCGGGUUUUCAAUCAACUCCCAUGCAUUCUAAUAACUGCUAAGGGAUAUCCAGACAUUGCCACUAGGUGAACUAAGAAACUCUGUGUGGCCUUGGUUUGCAUUUUAAAAAAAAGGUUCCUCCUUCAUCGGAUGAGUAGGACUUUUCCUGGCAUUCCAAUUCUGGGUUUGGUGGACUGGAACCCGGCUGGUCUAGCCAUACUGUGUACAUUCAAGUAUGGAAGCAUAGGGAUGGGCCUGGAAGCUUUUCGAUAUGCUUGCAAUGUAAAAUGGCUGGGGUUGCGAAAGGAUGACAUAGAGAAACUAGUGCCAGAAGAGUCUUUAGUCCCGCUGAAGCAGCGAGAUCUUCAGGUAGCCAAAAGCUUGCUAUCGUCCGAGGUUUUGCAGGACAAUUACAAAGAAGAAUUGUCAAUGAUGGUUGAGAGUGGUCAGAGGGCAGAAAUUGAAGCUCUCUACUUCCAUGGUUAU